AUGACGAUGCUGCCCGGUGCAGAGCACGGUGCUUUUCAGCACCCGCAGCCCCGCUUCCCGCCUCCCCUCGCCGGGCGCCCCGCGGCCCCGCUGACGCCCGCGCCCUUGUCUCCAGCCCAGGCGCAGUCCAACCUGCUGGGGAAGUGCCGGCGGCCCCGCACCGCGUUCACCAGCCAGCAGCUGCUGGAGCUGGAGCAUCAGUUCAAGCUGAACAAGUACCUGUCCCGGCCCAAGCGCUUCGAGGUGGCCACGUCCCUCAUGCUCACGGAGACGCAGGUGAAGAUCUGGUUCCAGAACCGGCGCAUGAAGUGGAAGCGCAGCAAGAAGGCCAAGGAGCAGGCGGCGCAGGAGGCCGAGAAGCAGAAGGGCGGCGGCGGCGAGGACAAGGCGGACGAGGAGCUGCUGCUGCCGGGGCCGGAGAAGGGCUGCGGGCGGCGGCUGCGGGAGCUGCGGGACAGCGAGCCCGAGGAGGACGAGGAGGCCGGACACUGCUGCCCCUACCACUCCUCCGACUGCUCCGAGGCCGACGACGAGGAGUUGUGUGAAGCUCAGAUGCCUAGGCUUGGAGUUGAGAAGGAAUUGAUUGGCUUUAAACCUCCAGAUAAAGUCAGUGAAGCAGUCCUGGCUGCAUUCAAAAAUGCUUGUCCUCAGCAAUGA